CCAUUGUUGCGGGGAAGUUGCUGCUGAAGAUGCCGGACGAUAAGAAAGCGGCUCCCAAGAAGGGCGCGAAGAAAGCCAUGAACAAAACGCCGGUGAAGGGCGGCAAGAAGCGGAGGAAGCUGAGGAAGGAGAGUUACUCCAUCUACAUCUACAAGGUGAUGAAGCAGGUUCACCCCGACACCGGCAUCUCCUCCAAGGCCAUGAGCAUCAUGAACUCGUUUGUCAACGAUAUUUUCGAGCGGAUCGCGGGCGAGGCUUCCCGCCUGGCCCAUUACAACAAGCGCUCGACCAUCAGCUCCCGGGAGAUCCAGACGGCCGUGCGCCUGCUGCUGCCCGGGGAGCUGGCCAAGCACGCCGUGUCCGAGGGCACCAAGGCGGUGACCAAGUACACCAGCUCCAAGUGAGGCUCCAGCGCAGGUCCCCUCAAAACAAAGGCUCUUCUCAGAGUCAUCGGAAGCCAAUAUUAAAGGAGUAGCUGUACCGACACUUUGUAUAGACUGGGUCGUUUGCAUUUAUCUUAAUUCUAUGUUUUUAGUUGAGAAUUCCUUCUGUAUUUUUAUGGCUCAAUGUUGUUGAGGGGUUCUCGGAAUUGCCUUGUACCUCCUGUUUACUUUCGGACUGAACUGAUCGCCGUUCGCAGUUAUUUUUAAACGAAGGAGCCAGUGCAGUGAUUGUGUUGUCUGAAUGCCAAUUAACGGCUCCCAGUAACCCCGUGUAGCUGGUCCCCAGCUCUGCAGUACUGUCGCUGGUUUUAUUCUGUCAAUGUUGAUUGUGACUGUUGUUCAUUAAAUUAGAUCUUUUUCUCUAAA